AUGGAACAGCGGAACCGGCUCGGCGCCCUCGGAUACCUGCCGCCGCUGCUGCUGCACGCCCUGCUGCUCUUCGUGGCCGACGCUACAUUUACCGAAGUCCCCAAAGAUGUGACAGUACGGGAGGGAGACGACAUCGAAAUGCCCUGCGCGUUCCGGGCUAGCGGAGCCACCUCGUAUUCGCUGGAGAUUCAGUGGUGGUACCUCAAGGAGCCGCCCCGGGAGCUGCUGCACGAGCUGGCGCUCAGCGUGCCCGGCGCCCGGAGCAAGGUAACAAAUAAGGAUGCAACUAAAAUCAGCACCGUGCGCGUCCAGGGCAAUGACAUCUCGCACAGGCUGCGGUUGUCGGCCGUGCGGCGGCAGGACGAGGGCGUGUACGAAUGCCGCGUGUCCGACUACAGCGACGACGACACGCAGGAGCACAAGGCCCAGGCGCUGCUGCGCGUGCUCUCGCGCUUCGCGCCGCCCAACAUGCAGGCCGCCGAGGCCGUGUCCCACAUUCAGAGCAGCGGUCCGCGUCGCCACGGCCCCGCCAGCGCUGCCAACUCCAACAACUUGGGUGCCACCGGCGCCGCAGGCCGAGCCACCUCCGACCCUGGCCACGGCGACAAAAGCCCGCCUCCGGGGAGUCCUCCUGCUGCCCCAGGUCCCGGAGUCCCAGAGGCGGCCGCUGCCUCCGCGGCCCACGCAGCCGCCACCACUGUCGCGGCUGCGGCCGCUGCUUCGUCAGCGUCACCGCCACUGGGCCAGGCGGUCCUUCUGCGCCAGAGGCACGGCUCAGGCACUGGCCGUAGCUCCGCCACAGACCCGCUCUUGUCCCUGCUCCUGCUGGCUCUGCAUAAGCUCCUUCGCCUGCUGUUGGGGCACUGACACGCACAGCCAUCCCCCCCGCACCUCAGCCCGCCCACACGGCCUGCCCAGACCCGGCGUGAGGCUCGCGUCACCAGAUGGACACAGAGAGACUGAGAAGCAUGACCAAGUCCAUGUGGAAAAUAAAUCAUAUUUUUGGGGAAGUUACACAAAUGUAGAACACCUAAAAUAAUGCAUCUAGUUUCCAAAUAAGAUGGAAUUUGGACCAUGCGGUAUGCAUGGGAUCAGUGAGUUCUCUACUUCAAUGUAUUUUUCUUUUCUAAACUUUUCCUCCAAGUGUUCAUUUUGCACGAACUGUUGAGCAGUUAUCUUUAGGAUACUAUGUAAAAAUGUUGGGUCAAAGCCUUUCUGACAAAGCAAAAUAUUUUUAGUAGAUUAUUGUGUUUAGGGAUUU